AUGUCUCAUUUGCCGCCGUGGAUGUGGCUAACGUUCCUGGGUGACUCGAAGCAGACCCCGGAUUCGAUCUCAGCACAUAUCGGUGCACGUCCGCCCGCAUGGCCGUCGCAUCUCUUCAAUUUGUAUAUUGAACUCCACCGACCGGCUACCGCCGUCGCGGCCAGCGACGAACCCCCGACCGGGUCGCUACCCCCUCUCCCCAACCCCAAACCCCGAAAGACCGCGCCCACCCCAGCCGACACCCCAAGAGCCUCGUCUCCCUAUCAAGCGUCCAAAUUGCGCACUCCAUCGAGUCCGAAACCGUCACUGGCCAAGUCUCCCCUCUCAAAUUCCAACUCGACGUCCAACCUCAGCGCAGUCCGAUCUGCUUCGAGCGGGCGUGCUCCGGGCAGCCCUGACAAGUCCCUGCGCCGGACUAUUAGUAUCGCAUCGUUUCCACAGCCACCCAAGGCCCCAAGCCGGCCUUCGACUGCGUCCUCGGUCUCGGGCAUUGCAGGCACCAAUCCACCGGGCAGCGUGCGGCCCAAGAGAGGCUCGCGGUUGAGCACGGGGACCACCAGUAGCUACCGAAGCUCGAAAACACCAUCUUUACUCAACGGCAGUGGAGAUGGCAAGUCGAUCCUGAAUGCGGAUGGCCGAGACCCCGAGGCCUCCCCGGCCCAUAGCCGGAGCUCUUCUGCCCAAGGCUCGUGCUCCACCAGUGCGACUACUUUUGAGGAAGGGGAUGACGCGACGGGCACGGGCAAGACGGCUUCGAAGCAGAAGGAGAUCAAGGGCAAUGUGAUUGUUAGUGUUCGCGUUCGCCCGGACAUGAGCGGAGGGGACACCCCGAGAAAUCAUGGGGAAUGGUCGGUCGAGGGACGGCAAAGUCUCAUUUCCUAUCGAGGCAAAGAAGGAGGGGAUUAUUAUUACGAUAAUGUCUUCACCACCCAUGAAAAUAACGCCAAAGUAUACGAUUCGGCCGCCAAGCGUCUGGUUCGGCGCGUCAUGGAAGGCUACCAUGGAACGGUCUUCGCAUAUGGCAUGACAGGCACCGGAAAAACAUUCUCCAUGCAAGGAACGGCGACCUCGCCCGGGGUGAUCCCCCUGGCAAUCACCGACAUUUUCUCCUUCAUCCGUGAAACUCCCCAUCGAGAAUUCCUGCUGCGGGUCAGCUACUUGGAAAUCUACAAUGAGAAGAUCCACGAUCUUUUGUCGGCGCCCAUUGCCAACGGGUCCGCCGCGCCUCAGCAGGAAGAGAUUAAAUUGCGAGAAGACAGCAAACGAGGGGUCUAUGCGACUCCGUUGAAGGAAGAGAUUGUGCAGAGCCCCACGCAGCUCCUUCGGGUGAUCGCGCGGGGAGAUCAUGCCCGACGGACAAGCAGCACCCAGUUCAAUUCGCGCAGUUCCCGCAGUCAUGCGGUAGUCCAGAUCGUCGUCGAAAGCCGAGAACGGGUACCGACGAACAACCCCCAGGACAAACGAUCGGGGAUCGCCCCGGGCGGCGUGCGGGUAUCGACCUUGAGUCUCAUUGAUCUGGCAGGCUCCGAACGAGCCGCCGAUGAUAAGGAGCGCCGAACAGAAGGUGCGCAUAUUAACAAGAGCUUGCUCACCCUGGGCACCAUCAUUUCCAGGCUCUCGGAAACCAAGGAUAAGCAAGGCAAUCCGACUGAUCGGGAGGGAAGACAUCUACCCUACCGAGACAGCAAGUUGACGCGAUUGCUGCAGCCCGCCUUGUCCGGCAAUUCCCUGGUGAGCAUUCUCUGCACGGUCCAGCUGAUGGCCGCCGUAAAUGCGCACUCGGGCGAGACCUUGAACACGUUGAAGUUCGCUGCGCGAGCGAAAAAUAAUAUUGUGAGCCACGCCAAAAAGGCCGAAGAGGCAUAUGGUGGCGGUGGUGCGGAUUCUGGAAGCCGUGUAUUGCUUGAACGCUACCGCAUGGAAAUCCAAGCCCUACGAGGCCAACUUGACAGUCAAGCAAAGGUUCAGGCCGAGAAGGAGCUCAAGUGGGAUGAGCAACAGUACGAGAAGGAGGCGCAGGCCCGCCACGAGGAGCAGGUGUUAGAAAUGCAGCUGGCCCGAACUGCGCUCAAAGAGCGAAUCGAACACCUCAAUCGCCUCAUCCUCAGCUCCAAGUCCACUGGGGUGAAUAGCCAUAGUAGCUUAUCUGCCUUUGGUCGGCUAUCCAGGAUGUCCGCGACCGAUGCGGGAGCUCGAUCGCUCCGUUCGUCGGCCAGCCAAUCCACCCUUGGUGCUGGCACUUCCUCCAUACGACCCAUUUCCUUUAUGUCGGUCAACAGCAGCGAGCCUUCGGGAACCCUGCCCUAUUCCAGCGGGUCCUUUGCCAACGAGGAAGAGGAGGAUCUUGGUGAAUUCGGCGACGGGAAAGCGAGCUUACAGCGACAAGUGAAUACUUUGCAGGCGGAUCUCGGGGAUAAAAACCGGUAUAUCUCCACGCUCGAACGCCGGCUGCUACAAGCCCGACGUUCCAGCCACUCCCGAAUGUCUAUGGGCAUCAAGCCUAACAAUGCAACGAUUGCCGAACAUCCGGAUGUGAUGGCCAUGGUCCGUGAAAAGGACAUGGAAAUCAACGAGCUCCGGCUCCAGCUUGAUGACAAGGAUCGAAUGCUUGCGGCACUUCGGUCUGCAGCACGGCACCGCGACUUGGCUGCCGUGACCAGUGACGCGCCGUCGCCCGAGGUGAAGAACAAGGUCGAGUCCAUGGGUUCCGGUGCGGAUAGCCCUUCGGAAACCAAUGGCGCACCUGAAAACCACGUGAGCCCCGGUGGCCCCCCUUUACCUGGAAAAGAGGGCGAUAAGGAGGAAGAGAGGAAGAAAAAUAUGGACGACGUCUCGCGGAUGCUGGAUGAGAUGAUCCAGGGUCGCGUUGAGAACGGUCAUAUCGAGAAGGGUCCCGUUGGAAACAUCAAACGCGUCUCCAACGACAGCCGACGAGAGUCCACGUUGGCCGCAGAGGUGCCGGGAUUAAACCCAUCAGCACCUGCAGAGGAUCCGGCCAUCAGCUCUCCAUGA